GUACGGACGUUGUGAUUGAUGUUCAUGGGUUUAACUGGUCCGAGGAGCAGAACAGCAGGUCCAUUCAGUUUGGAUUUGGUGGACGCAGGUGUCCCGGGCAGAACUUGGCCAAGAACCACUUGUUUCGCCCGCUUCUUUCGUACUUGUCCCGAACUUGGGACCUCACUCCGGAAAGUUUUGACGGCUCUGUACCGUUGAAGCUUUCGGACGUGACCAGUGAUCCAAGUAAUCCGUUUUUCUCGACUCCGGGCCCGAAGCAUCGGGUCUGGCUCUCGCCGGCUCUUCACAAAGAGUAUCACGGGUGCACUGGGCUCCAAGACAGGACAGUGCCAGCCUUCAUGGCAGUGAGCAUCAACGAACGAUCACCAUUUUUGGAUAAAGAGGACGGCGAAAACAAAGUGGCGGCGGUUGUGAGGCAUCUGUGUCUUCGCUCCAUCGCCAACGGCGAAGAAUACCCCGCCACCGUUUCCCUUUGUGAUGCAAUUGCCCGCCUCAACUACCAGGCGUUCGAAAACCACGGAUUGCACAGGGCCCAGACAGAGGCCACAAAGCUUGGCGAUCGAUUUGAGGACAUGUUCAACAAGAGUAUCGAGGCUCUUGGAGUAGGAGCCAACAAGCGAGUACAAGUUUGCCGCUUUGGUGAUGACCACAACCACGGCUGGAUCAACGACGAGUUCUUGGAGCUGCUCAAAAAGGAUGAAUCUCUUGACCGACGUGUGGAAGUUAUUGCCAAAGAAUUCCUGGAACACCGAGGACAAGGACGACUUGGCGCAUCUGCCAAGAACAAGCGGAGGUUGGCUCUAUGCAAGGAAUACAUCUUUCGUGAGAUCCCGACAUUCUUGACAGGCAUUGUGAUCAACAGUAAUAUUCACUACAAACUUUUAUACUACGGUGGAAAUCAUGCCCACAUGUCGGUAUUUGCGACAGAUCACGACAGUUUGUACAAGCUGAUCGAUGAGAUGCACAAGGAUGCGCAGUUCCGCGGCAUCGUCCAGAAAAUCGUGCAGCGUAGCCACGCGAAAAGCCUCUCUGUCCCUGGUUUUGUCUCCAUUAGGUUCCCCAAUUGAAAUGUGGAUAACGAGGACAACUAGCACCUACACCUCGCGACAUAUUAUAUUCCUGGCGGUUCUUCCUGCGAUACCUGUGUUGUGGCUGGUCAAUUGGAAGGAAUGGUGCGAGGGAAACGACAACGAAGGCAACUGUACGGAGAACCCACCUUGCGCCAGUGCGCACCAUUCUGCUGUGCUGUGUGUGUGUGAUAUAAUUUUAGUAAAACGGAAGUUUCGUCGACU